AAAAAAAAUAGUUACUGUUCUCUUUUUCAAGUUCGUGAAGUUGUGUGAGUGAGUACUUUUUUAUGGAGUUAGAUAGAAAGCUCUCCGCAGGUUAAUCGCGAAAUCAUUCAUUGUGGGAUUUUUGUAGAAGCACAUUGCCGGACGGAGUAGAGUAGUCAUAAGGGUAGGGUGUGGUGUGAUAACAGCCAUACGAAUUGUACUGAUUUUGGUAUUUACACACUCGUUCCCACCGGCUCAAGAGUGUGCAAUUGUUAUUAAACCCUCCUAUAAUAGGCACUUGAAAGUCGAACUUAGUAGAUUGGCGACCGGCCGCUCAAGUGGUUCAGAUUUUGUGUAUUUGCAAAGAAAACUUCUGCUAGAAAGAGUUAUGGCUUCCGUGGCGCUUGACGAUAGCAGGUUUAUAAUCAGCGGUGGACCAGUUCCACAGAAUGCAACCGAAGGGCAUGGUUCCCUGGGAGCGUACGUAAGGAAUCGGCUGCGGCUUAAUGGCAAUGCCGUGGGUCUUAUCGACGGCGUUUUUGGUACGGAGCUGCAUUACCUGGAACUGCUUGAGCAAACCGUACGCUUGGCCGAGUGCUUGCGGACAUUGGCGGACGUGCGUGUGGGGGACGUAGUCGGAAUCGUCAGCGAGAACAGACUCGAAUUCCCGGCAGUUUUGUUCGGUUCAAUUUUUCUGGGAGCGACCGUGGCGCCCAUCAAUCUGACUUAUAGCGAACGUGAACUGGAUCAUGCGUUCAACCUGUCGAAGCCAAAGGUCAUUUUUGUGUCGCCCUUCUCAGCGGAUCGGGUUGUAGCGGCCGCCCGGAAGAACCGACACAUAGUCCAGCGGGUAAUCUUGUUCGGGGAGGAGAACCCUUUCGGUAGCGAUGUGGAGCUGUUCGACGACUUUCAGAAGCCGGUUUCGUUCGUCAAUCCGACGAACUUUUACAUUCCCCCGGUGGACGUGGAGAACCAUGUGGCGCUUAUCAUGUGCUCGUCGGGGACGACUGGACUGCCGAAAGGGGUCCAGCUGACACACUAUAAUCUGAUGGCCAGUAUAGCACUGUUGAAUUACACUUUCAACAGCGCUAUCGAUGAGCGAAAUAAAUUGAGAACUGGAGAGUCCGCGGAACUGCUGGAACCGCCACCGGGUGGAAUUGUCCUGCUCGGGGUUCUACCGUGGUUUCACGCCUACGGCUGCAUGACUCUGAUCAACGUGCUGUGCAACAAGCAGUUGCUCGUUUCCCUGCCAAAAUUCGAGGAAGGUCUAUUUCUGAGCUGCAUCGAAAACUACCGCUGCACGAUGGUGUUCGUGGUGCCGCCACUGGUGGUGUUUCUGGCCAAACAUCCCCUGGUCGACAGUUACGAUCUGAGUAGUGUGGAUACUCUGCUGUGCGGUGCGGCGCCAUUAAGCAAAGAGACGGAGGACUUGGUGAAAAAGCGACUGAACAUCAAGUACGUCCGGCAGGGUUAUGGCAUGAGCGAGACUACGUUGGCCACGUUGGUACAGAGCGGUGAGGGCCACAAAUCCGGGAGUGUGGGGAUUGUCCAGGUGGGGACGUUGGCGAAAGUGAUUGAUCCAAAUACGGGUAGGGCGUUGGGGCCAAAUCAGCAAGGAGAGCUGUGCUUCAAGGGAUCGCAGAUCAUGAAAGGAUAUAUUGGCAAUGAGGUGGCUACUAGGGAUACGAUAGAUAAGGAUGGGUGGUUGCACACCGGAGAUAUAGGGUACUACGACGAGGAUUAUGAAUUCUUCAUAGUGGAUCGAUUGAAGGAGUUGAUCAAGUACAAAGCGUAUCAGGUUCCGCCGGCGGAGCUUGAAGCCAUUCUGUUAACGAAUACUAAGAUCAAGGACGCAGCGGUGAUUGGUUUGCCGGAUGAGAGUGCCGGUGAGCUCCCGAUGGCGUUUGUGGUAAAACAGGAAGGUGUGGACAUUAGUGAAGAGGACAUUAAAAAGUAUGUAGCUGAUCGGACGUCACCUGCCAAGAGAUUGCAUGGCGGUGUGAGAUUUAUCGCGGAAAUUCCGAAGAAUCUGAGCGGAAAAAUUCUGAGGAGAGAAUUACGGGCUCUGCUGCAGAAACCUAAAUCAAAGCUGUAAAUAUUUUAGGGGUUUUCAAUGUGCGUGUAUUGAUAGUUACCAGUAAGUUUUGUGUGGGUUUAAAUUUAAUAAAGGACAACAGUGCAACUUACUAGAUGGAAUGGA